CCUUGCAACCCACACAUCCAAGCGAUCGCUGUCCACCGCCAGCACCGGCACUGCAUACCCAACCACUCGCAGCGGCCAUGAGCAGAGGCGGAUUUCGUGGAGGCGGCCGCGGAGGCGGAUCGUUCGGCCGGGCACCAGCACAUGGGCCAGAGAUUCCCGACGGCAUGAUUGUUUCCUUCCAUGAGAUUCCGCUCUAUCCGGACUUUGUGCUGCCCAUUCCCAAAGUCCUCGGCCCCCAGGAGGCUAUCAUCGUCGAGAUCGACCAGCAGAUUGCCGAGGAUUUGAAGCAGACGCCAUACUAUAUCGGACCUCCUCCCCCAAAGCCCGAUAUCGAGCGUUUCUCGGACAUUUACAAGAAGGUCCGCAGCUCACGAGCACUGACAGAGACGCCGACCCGCCAGGAUCUGUCGUUCUUUCCCGAGGAGCUGCACGGCGUCAAGGACUUUUCGAAAUCCAAACUUGGACAACGCCUGCUCGAAAAGAACAUUGACCUGGAAGCCAUUACCAGGAGAGCCCAGGAGCUGGACAAGCUUGGUCUUUCUCGGGAAAACGACGAGGACGACGAAUGGAACAACCCGGAGGAAUACGACGACUCAGAGGAGGAGGGCGGCGAUUACGGCGAGCUAGUCUGGGACAUGGACCACUACGAUGCCUACGGCGACGACUCGGACCACGGGGACGACGAUUGAUGUCAAAUGCGUCUCUGUCCAAGUUGCAUCCAAUUUCCCUCGCCUGCCCUCGUCUGUACCUGCUCAUCGGCCCGAUCCAAUAGGGUCACCAAAUCACCUCCAGACCGGAUCUGCCCGCAAUGGAUUGCUGGCCCGCUUCAACCUCCCUUCAAUCACCUUCAAUCCGCUCUGGUGCUGUGCCCCUACCUUCGGGUUCCUAUGCAGCGAGCAGUCCUGCAUCUGCGGCAGACAAUACACAACCACAUUCCCGAUCGGA